GCGUUGGAAAUCAGUUUGGAUCCCGCUGAAGUGAACGCAGCACCUGUUUUUCUUGACCUCCUCCUCCUCCUCCUUCUCCUCCUCCACCUCCCUCGUCUGGGCACGAAAUGAUAGGCCUAGACACCCGAGGGAGAGGCAGGAAGGCUCUCUCUGCAGCAUGGAUGUGCAGGAUGGCAGUGGUGCUGGCGGCGGCGGGGGCGGCGGCGGGGGAGGCGAACGCAGGAACCCUUUACCCGCUUUCCAGUUACUGCACACGCCAAAACACUACUCUAUCCUGCAUUAUUGCUGAUGACAAGACCUACCAGCUGGACAGCUUCAAGUGGGACGGCAUCCAAAAGGCCAUCAUCAAAAACGCCCUGGUUCUAAUGCUCAUGGACCCCCUGUGUAGCAGCAUGGCCAAGAGAGAGGUGGAGGUGCACAGCUCGUCCAGGGUCACCACGGUGUCCAGGGGCAAUAACUGCUCGCAACAGGUCGUCAUCUAUGACUCCAAGAACGUGAGGCUCAUCGAUGGCGUGGACCUCGUACGCAUGAUCAAUUCAGAAGCCGAUGAAAUCAACCUUCCCCGCGUGAGUCAGUUUGAUCUGAGGGAGUCGGUUGUGAAAAAGGUGUCCGUGCGUGUGGACGGAGAAAAGUCGACCAUUGAAAACUCCAAGAUCGAGGCAGUAAAGGCUAUGGUGAUCGAAGGUGACUUUCAAUUCAUUGUGGAGAACAGCACACUGGUGAAGGUGGAAGGCUUCAAAUAUAACUCUACGAAAGAAGCAACGUUUAAGGAUACGCUGCUGGAGUCAGUGGCAACCAAUGGAUUCGUGGUGGAGCGCGGCACAGUCAAAAUACAGGACUCCAGGAUUGGCAGUGUAGAAGCCCUGGGUAUGGCGGUGGAGGGUGGCACGCUCGUCAUUGCCAACUCUGUAUUACAUUCUGUGGCCAUCAACAGCAUCGUGGUCAGCAAGGGUGGCUCAGUGUUAUUCGAGAACGUGACAGUCGCUACUGAAAGUGGGAUCUUCUUCACCAUCUCGAAAGGAACCAUGGAUCUCUACGCGCUGGGACUCCUGUGGCACACCGGCACUUCGCACUCCACAGUCUCGCUGGUGCUGUACAUGGGCAUCACCAUGGUGGCGAGCUUGGGUGUGGGGGCAGGCAUCAUGUACUACAAGAUGACUCGGAGCGGCGUGGCCAGGACUGAGGUGGACAUGACCCAGCUGAUCCAAAGAGAACAACCCAACCCGCCAUGCCAGCCUGACUCGAUGGCCCCCAAACCACCGGACUCGAUGCCCCCCAAACCACCGGACUCGAUGACCCCCAAACCACCGGACUCGAUGGCCCCCAAACCACCGGACUCGAGGUCCCCCAAAAUUCCAAACAACAACAACAACGACAAAAACAAAAAUACACCAGCACCGCCCCUCCGCCCAUUGCCCGCACCUCCGCAGCCUCCGCAGGACGACGAAAUGUACGAGCAGUACUCGGACGUUCAACUCCCAACAGGUCUUCCGCCUCAUCGACCCCCAAUGCCAAUACCCGACGAGAGUUCCUCCACAGGGGGGUCAACGCUCCCCAUGAGUGGUCAUCACCUCCCCAUGCCCCCAAACCUACCGAAAUGGAGAGAUCCCGAAGGAGCCGAAAUGAAUGACGACCGAGACCGACUUCCGCCGCCGCCACCGCCCGACGACAUCUACGACGACCUCAUGACUGAACUCCCGCCCCACAUAAGCACCAAACCCCUGCCGCCCAUCCCACUGAACAAGAAAGCGCCCAAACCCCCCACUCCUUUUAGGAAGCACUAGUGUGUGUGUGUGUGUGUGUGUGUGUGUGUGUGUGUGUGUAGAGUUAUAGGUUGGUAUUACAAGACACUUUCGCUUCUCACAUCAGUAUUUCUAAAGGUCAAAGAGGGGAUCAAUUGGGUCCUAAUGAGUGUUUCUUUAGGUUCACGGUACAGAAGAAGGGCAAAACUACCACCAGGGUCAUAAAACUACUCCUGGAAAUGCCCAAAACUCCUACGAAAGCCUUGUCAAAUAUGUGUAAUUGGACGGCGAAAUGUUUAGCAAUACGAAAAAAAGCCCCUUAAGAUUAAAGGAAAAUUUACCACUCAUGAGAGUACGAUAAAAGAAACGAUUGGUGAGUUAGCGAGUGUUCACAUUGCUUCUCAAGCCUCUGUUAUAUAGGCGGAAAAAAUGGUUACCCUCAUGAACAAAGGGUGACCACGCGUUUCCAUGAAUUGUGAAGGCUUAUGUCGGUGUACAGCGCCCCCUGGGGAAUGGUGGGAAGGUCAUCAAACGCACAGGAUUAAUACGCGUUUGUGAUAUUUAGACAUGUACAUAGUCCCUUCCUAGAUGUUAGUGUGUGUGUGUGUGUGUGUGUGUGUGUGUGUGUGUCAUUCAUGAAAAUAUACUAUAAAGACACUUAUAAUUUUGUGAGUCUUUGUACUGCUUUAAAGAGGGAAAAGAGAUUAUGUGGGAAAUGUGACAAAACCCCAAAUCAGACGUUAAGCAGGAAUUUAUAAUAUUUUUUUUUUUAUAUAGGCUUAUGUAGAGAUAUGAUGCUGUAUAGAGAUGUGCAUCGCUUAAAAAACUUAUGAAGAGAGGGUCCUGACGCCUUUGUGAUCUUCGUAAAGGUCAAGAAUGAUAGCUUUAUUAUCUCCUCCUGGUUAGAGAAAAAAAAAAUCAGCUGUGAAUUGUCUGAGAUGAACUUAAAAUGUAAAAAGAGCUGGAGGAGGAGGAGGAGGAGGAUGUGACGUUCUGUACAUUAAUUAAUUAAAACUUCAAACUCCUCAA